UUCAUAUUUUCUCCUACUUGUUGCAAUUUGGAGCGCCCCACUCGAGAGACCUCACUAUUAAAAUUUACGACGACCUCGAGCGCAAAUAUUAAGUGACAGUAUGAGCUGGUCUCUGAUUGGUCCUCGGGCUCUCAGCGGCACUUCAAAGCCACGAAGAAGCUACAACUACUAAAGCAGUCCGAGAGGAAAACAGACUCAUCACGUUCAUUCACCGCGAGCACACACUCAGACGAAGAUAUCAAAACACAGAUGAUGGCUGCUACACUGCUAGGGGAAGAGCCCCGGCUGGGCAGCGCACCACUGGCAAUGCUGGCCGCCACCUGCAGCAGAAUCGGUGAGCCCAGCCCCUCGUGCUCCCCUGCUCUUUCCGAUGGAGCCCAGGGACACGCGAAGGGCUUUCACCCCUGGAAAAGAGGCGCACCUGGUAACAGCAGCCUUGGUGCCUGCUUCACCUCUUCCGGGCUUCCCUCUGGAACCUCCAGAAGUAACGGAGCCGGUCUGACGGACACCUCCAGCGCUUUCUCAGUGACCACUGCCAACUCUCCUUUUGGAAAUGAUUUUUCGAUCUACCAGACUUCUGUGCCAUCAGACAACAGUGUUCCCGAUGCUGCGCACGCACAACGGUCUGUGUUUCUGACCAAAUUUCCCUCCUCGGUGGAGGGCAUAACAGGGAUAUAUCCGAGGAUGCACGCGCAUCCCUAUGAGUCAUGGUUCAAGCCAGUGGGGGAUGUCAAUAACGGGUCUACUGCUUGGUGGGACAUGGGAACCAGCUGGGUGGACACACAGAGCCCGGCCGGGUUACCCUCUCAUCUGAACGGCUACAGCCCUGACUACAGCUCCGCCUUCGGCCCCGGAGCCCCUCAGCACCUACUCCCCGCCACACAGCACCUGUUUGACGGCUUCAGGCCACCUGUACCGACUCACUACACAGAGCCUACGACGACAGGGGCACCUGCUCUGACAGGAACCCCCGUCGUUUCUCUGCCCGCAUCUUCCCGCUCCUCCUCACGACGCUACUCCGGCAGAGCCACGUGCGACUGCCCGAACUGCCAGGAGGCGGACAGCCUUGGUCAGGGGGGCAUGAGCCCGCGGCGGAGGGGCUUGCACAGCUGCCACAUUCCGGGUUGUGGUAAAGUUUACGGCAAGACCUCUCACCUGAAGGCUCACCUGCGCUGGCACACCGGGGAGAGGCCGUUUGUCUGCAACUGGCUCUUCUGCGGGAAACGCUUCACGCGCUCCGACGAGCUCCAGCGGCAUUUGCGCACGCACACCGGAGAGAAGCGAUUCGAGUGCUCAAUUUGCCACAAACGAUUCAUGCGCUCCGACCACCUCAGCAAACACGCGAGGACGCACAGCGCUGAGGGGUCAGAGGAUGGCGCAGAACCGGGACUCUGUAAAGGGAGCAGCGACACGGACAAUAGCCUCUCCGGUAGCCCGAGCCAGUCUCCCGGGGUACACGUGCGUGGCACUGUCCAAACCACCGAGGGACAGAGUGCGGUGGAAUAAUUUACAAAGCUUACCAAGAACAAAGCAACACGUGGACAUUUGUUAACACUACACCAGCCUGUAUGGAGUGUGUUUUCUUGGACACCUAAAAACUGAUAUGGCACUUUAUGAUGAACUUUAGCUGUGGAUAAACACUGUGUCCUUACC